AUGGGUAUAUUUGAUAAUCAGAAUAAAUUUGAACCCACUAUAAGUAAUACACUUAGAUCUUUAACAAAUGGUAAUACUCAAACUUUUGAUGAACAAGUAGUUGCUCGUAAUAAAGAAAUUAUGAAAAAAAGAAAUGAAAAGAAAAAAGAAAAAGAUAGAAUUAUUGAAAAAGGUCAAUUAACUUGGAGUUAUUUUAGUGACAGUAAACAAAAUAAAGAAAAAGAAAAAGAGAAUAGACAAAUUUUUAAUAAAUUUAAAGAGAUUGUUUUAGAGAUGAUUGGUGAUGAUGAAAUACCAUCAGAUGAGAUUGCAUCAGCAGUUUAUGAAACAUUUAUGAUUGUUGCAAAUCCACAUAAAGAUAAAGCAUCAAAAUGUGAAUCAUUACGUCAAAUUUUUCAUUCAUUUUUCAAAGUAGCAAUGUAUAAUAAAUUAAGUGAACAAGUUGGCCUUUUAUUACAAAUUAAGAAUCCAUUUGAAUCAGAUUCAAAAGCAUCCAAUGAAUCAGUACAAACCAUUGAUUCUUUCGAAUCAAUGGAAUGGCAAUUACCAUCGAAAUAUCAAUUACAAUUUGAAGAUAAUGAUGAAAUGUCAAUUUUCGAUGAAAUCAAUCAUUUCAUCAAUACAAAAAUUAAUAAUAAUCUUGAUGAACAAAAAGAAAAGGAAAAAGAAAAACUUAUAAAUACACCUCUAAGUGAUAUGGUUUUAAUUCAUCAACCUGGUCAAAUUAAAAAAUCAAAAAAAUUAAAGAAAUUAGCAGCAGCUGGUGGUUCAAAUAAUUUAGAAUCAAAUAAUGUAGUUGAUAGCACUUAUACAAUUGAAUGGUUAAGAGAGGAAUGUAGUGUAAUUUCAAUUGGUUUAGGUAUACCAUCAGAAGAGAUUUAUAAUACAAUAAUGUCAUUUUUAAAAAAUAAAAAAGAAACAAUUGAAGAGGAUAUGAUUGGAUUAUUAGGUUUCGAUCAUUUAGAAUUAAUUGCAGAUAUCAUAAAGUAUCGUGAUAGUAUUUUGGGUUCUGUUGUAUCUGGUUAUAGAGCAUCGAAUCAUUCUGGUCCUUUAAAUCAUUUUUCAAUUCAAACAAAAGAUGAAAAAGAUUUUGAUAAGCAAUUAAAAAAAGAUGAUAAAAAGAGAUAUAAAAAUGAUCAACAACAACAACAGCAACAACAAUAUCAAGAAGAACAAAUUAAAUUUAUUGAUCAUAGUCAACAAUCAUUUGAACAACCAACUAUUUAUAAUCAAAAAGAGUUUACAGGUGGUGAUGUUUGUAUAGAUUUACCAUACGGUGGUAAGAUUGCAUUGCCAAAGGGUACAGUUAGAACAGAGAAAACCACACAUACUGAAGUUAUGGUACCAUAUUCAUUGGCUAAACCAUUUGCAGAUAAUGAAAAAUUAAUAGAGAUUGGAGAAUCAAUUGCAGAGAUUAGUAGAGCAGCAUUUGGUAGUAUAAAGAAAUUAAAUCGUAUUCAAAGUCGUGUAUUUGAAUCUGCAUACAAGAGUAAUGAAAAUAUUUUAAUUUCAGCUCCAACUGGUGCUGGUAAAACCAAUAUUGCUUUAUUGACAAUUUUACACGAGAUUGAAAGCAAUAUCAAUCCAUAUGGUUAUUUGGAUAAAGAUAAUUUCAAGAUCAUUUAUAUUGCACCAUUGAAAGCUUUAGCAAGUGAAAUGGUUGAGAAAUUUUCAAAUUCAUUGAAAUAUUUAGGUAUCGUAUCAAAAGAGUUAACUGGUGAUAUGCAAUUGACUCAAAAGGAACUUAAAGAGACUCAAAUCAUCGUUACAACACCAGAGAAAUGGGAUGUUAUCACAAGAAAAAGUAGUGAUGUUGCAUUGACAAAAUUGGUUAGAUUAAUCAUUAUCGAUGAAAUUCAUUUACUUCAUGAAGAGAGAGGUCCAGUAUUGGAGUGUAUUGUAGCAAGAACACUUCGUCAAGUUGAAACCACUCAAGAGAUGAUUCGUAUCGUUGGUUUGUCAGCAACAUUACCAAACUAUAAAGAUGUUGCAAGAUUUAUUAGAGCACCAGCUUCAGGUACUCACUUUUUCGAUUCAUCUUAUCGUCCAGUACCUUUAACUCAAAAUUUCAUUGGUGUUAAAGAUAAUCAAGGUAUAAUGGUUAUGAAAAAUAAUAUGAAUCAAUUAUGUUAUGAAAGAUUGGAGAAAUCAUUAAAGGAAGGUCAUCAAGUUAUGAUCUUUGUUCAUUCUAGAAAGGAUACUGUAAAGAGUGCAGAGAUUUUAAGUGAUAUGGCAAAAGAAAAGCAUUUCCGUUUCUCUAAUGAGGAACCAUCAUUUGGUGCAAAGAAAGAAUUUGAAAAAGUAAAGAGUAAAGAGAUUAGAUCAUUAUUUCAACAUGGUAUUUCCGUACAUCACGCUGGUCUCCUAAGAUCUGAUAGAAAUGUGGUUGAGAAAUACUUUGCCAAUGGUACCAUUAAGGUUUUAGUUUGUACAGCAACCUUGGCUUGGGGUGUAAAUUUACCUGCUCAUACUGUAAUCAUUAAAGGUACUCAAGUUUACAAUGCAAAGAAUGGUGGUUUUAUGGAUCUUGGAAUUUCAGAUGUUAUGCAAAUCUUUGGUCGUGCUGGUCGUCCACAAUUCGAUACAAGUGGUGAAGGUUUCCUUUUAACUUCAAAGGAUAAAUUGGAUCAUUAUCUUUCAUUAAUGUCAAGUUCUAUGCCAAUUGAAAGUAAAUUCAUUACAAAUCUUGAGGAUCAUUUAAAUGCAGAGAUUGUUUUAGGAACAGUAUCAAAUGUUAAUGAAGCUGUCAAUUGGUUAAGUUAUACCUAUUUAUUCAUUAGAAUGCUUCAAAAUCCAUUGGUGUAUGGUAUACCAAGUUCUCAACGUUCAAAAGAUCCACAACUUGAAGAGUUUAAACGUGAAAUUAUCAUUAGAGCAGCAAAGAAAUUGGAACAAUGUAAAAUGACUCGUUUCGAUGAACAAUCUGAAAAUUUAGGUAUGACAGAAUUGGGUAGAAUCGCCUCACAUUAUUAUAUUAAACAUCCAUCGAUUGAAACUUUCAAUGAAAUGUUGAAUGAUCAAUUGGGUCAAGAUCAAGUUUUAAAUAUUUUAUCAAAUUCAUCCGAGUUUGAAAAUAUUACCUUACGUGAAGAGGAAUCAACUGAAUUGGAUAAAUUAGCCGAGAACCAAUGUUAUUAUGAAUUGACAGUUUUGGAUAGUCAUUCCAAAGUGAAAUGUUUACUUCAAGCUUUCUUUUCACGUGCAAAUAUUGAUGGCUUUAGUUUAGUUAGUGAUUCAAAUUAUACCGUUCAAAAUAGUUCUAGAAUUUUAAGAGGUCUUUUUGAAAUCUCUUUAAAGAAAGGUUGGUGCACAGUUAGUAAGACCAUUUUAGAUCUUUGCAAGAUGGUUGAUCAUCAACUUUGGCAUUUCGAAUCACCAUUACGUCAAGCAAAAGUAUUAUCACUUGAUACCAUUAGAAAGAUUGAAGAAAGAGAUUGGACACCUGAAAGAAUUUGUGAUAUGGAGAUUGGGGAGUUGUCAUUUGUUUUGGGUAAUCAAUUGAUUGCAAAAACCACUAGAAAGAUUGCACAACAAUUCCCACAAUUGGAUUUUGAAAUUCAAGUUCAACCAAUCACUGCAAAUAUCAUUCGUAUCAAUAUGACAUUGAUACCAAUGUUUAGUUGGAAUGACAAGAUGCAUGGUGAUAGUCAACCAUUUUGGAUUUGGGUACAAGAUAAUGAAAGUCAAUACAUUUUCCAUAGUGAAUAUUUCAUGUUAACUAAAAAGAUCUAUAAUCAAACUGAACCAAUCACUUUGACUUGUAUCAUACCAUUACCAAAUCCAAUGCCAUCACAAUUCUUUUUACAUUAUAUUUCCGAUCGUUGGUUAGGUUCCGAAGGUAUUAGAGAGAUUUCAUUCAGACAUUUAGUUUUACCACAACAAGAUCGUGUCGUAAAUACAGAGUUAUUAGAUUUACAACCAUUACCAAAGGAAGCAUUGAAAAAUAAAGAUUUUGAAUCAUUAUUCAAAUUCUCUCAUUUCAAUCCAAUUCAAACUCAAGUUUUUCAUACUCUUUAUUAUACAAAUAAUAAUGUUUUAUUAGGUUCACCAACUGGUUCAGGUAAAACCAUUUGUGCAGAAUUAGCAAUGUUUAAAGUAUUUAGAGAUGAACCUCAUAUGAAAGUGGUUUAUAUUGCACCAUUGAAGGCAUUGGUACGUGAAAGAAUGAAUGAUUGGAAGGUUAAAUUUCAAGAGAAACUUGGUAAGAAAUUGGUAGAGUUAACUGGUGAUUACACUCCAAAUAUGAUUGCAUUACAAAAUGCUGAUAUCGUUACAACAACACCAGAGAAAUGGGAUGGUAUUAGUAGAAAUUGGAAGAAUCGUUCCUAUGUAACCUCUGUAUCAUUGUUAAUCAUUGAUGAAAUUCAUUUAAUUGGUGAGUUACGUGGUCCAAUUUUAGAGGUAAUUGUAAGUCGUAUGAAAUUAAUUUCUAAACAAACCGGUGUUAAUAUUCGUGUAGUAGGUUUAUCAACUGCCAUGGCAAAUGCAAUUGAUCUUUCAGAGUGGAUGGGUAUUGAUAGAGUUGGUCUUUUCAAUUUUAGACCAUCUUGUCGUCCAGUACCAAUUGAAGUUCAUAUUCAAGGUUUCCAAGGUAAAAACUAUUGUCCACGUAUGCAAACUAUGAAUAAACCUUCAUUUGCCGCUAUCGCAACCUAUUCACCAAAGAAACCAGUUUUAAUUUUCGUAAGCAGUCGUCGUCAAACUCGUUUAACCGCAUUGGAUUUAAUCUCUUAUUUGGUGGUUGAUAAUGAUCCAUUACAAUGGAUUCAAAAGGGUUUUGAUAUUGAACCAACAUUGGCACGUGUUAAAGAUCAACAUCUUAGACAUACACUUUCAUUUGGUAUAGGUAUGCAUCAUGCUGGUUUAAAUGAUGGUGAUCGUACAAUCGUUGAAUCACUCUUUGGUGAGAAUAAAAUUCAAAUUCUAAUCUCUACAAGUACUUUGGCUUGGGGUGUCAAUUUACCCGCCCAUUUAGUUAUCAUUAAAGGUACCGAAUAUUUCGAUGGUAAAACCAAACGUUAUGUCGAUUUCCCAUUGACUGAUGUACUUCAAAUGAUUGGUCGUGCAGGUCGUCCACAAUUCGAUAAAGAAGGUAAAGCAAUGGUAAUGGUUCAUGAACCAAAGAAACAAUUCUAUAAGAAAUUCCUUUACGAUCCAUUCCCAGUUGAAAGCCAUCUCAAAGACUUUUUACAUGACCAUUUGAAUGCCGAGAUCGUUUCAGGUACAAUUCAAUCAAAACAAGGUGCAAUCAAUUAUUUGGUCAAUACUUUCUUUUUCCGUCGUUUGGUUGUAUCACCAUCUUAUUAUGGUCUCGAGGAUAAUAGUGUCGAAGCUGUAAAUCAAUAUCUCUCUGAUCUCUUGGAUUCAACAUUGGCCGAUCUCGAACAAUCAAGUUGUAUUGAAAUCAAUGAAUACGAUGAAAUCAUACCAAUGUCAAUGGGUAAAAUCGCUUCUUUCUACUAUUUGAAUUAUAAAACCGUUCAAAACUUCUCUGAUAAUAUUAAACGUGAUAGUGAUAUUAAAACCCUCCUAAGAGUAUUAUCAGAUGCUGCCGAAUAUAGUGAAUUCCCAGUAAGACACAAUGAAGAGAUUCUAAAUCAAGAGUUGAAUGAAAAUCUUCCAAUUAAAAUUGGAAACUAUGAAGAUUCUCAUACCAAAGUUCAUUUGCUAUUACAAGCUCAUUUCCAAAGAUGUCCAUUACCAAUCACAGAUUUUACCACCGAUACAAAGUCUGCUUUGGAUCAAGGUAUUCGUAUUCUUCAAGCUAUGAUUGAUGUCUCCUUUGAAUAUGGUUAUUUCGCUACUGCCAUCCAAGUAAUUAGAUUAUUACAAAUGUUGGUUCAAGGUCGUUGGGAUUAUGAUUCUUCAUUAAUGACUUUACCUCAUAUCAACAAAGAUUUUGCUGAUUUCCUCUCUUCAAAUUUAAUCUUAUCAAAUGGUGAACAAAUCUCAAAUCUUUCUGAUAUGUUAAAAAUUCCAAGAGAUAAAAUUCAUUUAUCUUUAACUAAUAUUGGUCUUUCAGAUUCUCAAAUUAAAGAAACUUUAAAUGUUAUUGAUCAUUUACCAAAAGUUAAAAUUGAAUAUUUUAUUAAUACAAAUAAUAAUAGUAAUAAUAAUGAUGAUAAUAAUAAUGAAAAUAAUAAUAAUAAUAACAAAAAGAAUAAUAAUAAUAAUAAUAAUAAUAAUAAAUCAAUAGUUUAUUCAGGUCAAGAAUUUAAUAUUAAAAUUAAAGUUACAAGAGAGAAUAAGAAAUUCUCAAAUGGUCAUGCAUUUGCACCACUUUAUAGUAAAGAUAAAGAUGAAGGUUGGAUUAUGGUUUUAACAGAUGAAAAAGAACAAAUGAUUGGAUUUAAGAGAGUACCACAAAUGAUUUCAAAUUCAGUUACUGCAAACUUUAAAAUUCCAAAAGCUCCAUUCCAAUCCUCUACAAACUAUAAUGUUAAAUUAUAUUCAGAUACCUAUAUGGGUUUAGAUUAUUUCCAUACUUUCCAAGUUCCAAUUGUAAACAAAAAACAAAUUAGAAAUGAUGAUCAAGAUGGUGAUACAAUUAUCCUUUUAGAAGCUGCUACUGGUGAUAUGAAAAAAUAA